ACUGAACAGCCAUUCUGCUGCAGAUUAUGCCAUCGUCAUCAGAUCCUAGGCAAACAUUCAUGUAUCGUCUCAACACAUAGACGCAAAUGUCUCACAUACUGAGCAAAGUUGUGACUCUCUGUGUCGAUCUUUGUUGCUGUCGGGAUCGGUAGUGUGGACUCCAUCUCAUCCUCGCGAAGUGAACCAAAUCGAACAAACAAAUUGACGCUGCAUUUAUUAGCCACUUUAGUAUUUAGCGUAUCGUUCAGUCACGCCAUGGUAGAGCUCCCAUCCAUCAAGUCCGUCUUUGACACCGAUGGCCUUCAAAAGAAUAAAGAGGGUUGGUUCUGCAUACCAGGCCAUACCAAUUACAUUUUCCAAAAGGACCUUGUGAAGUGGGACGAGAUCGUGAGACACAACGACUUGCGCCAACGACUUGAGAGGCGCCACGAAGAUGUAAGCCAAUCAAUAUUCUGUCGCUACAUGAUCAAAUCACCGCGAGGCGACUGCGAACUACCAAACUUUGAGAUAUAUUGUUCCACAAGCCUAGUCAACGCCCUUAUAAUUGUAAAACAAUGUAAGAACCUAGACGAGGACGGCAACGGCUUCGCAAAUAAGAUCCAUAUGUCUCGAAUCAUCCACGACGCUAUACACGAUGCGAAUGCAAAUUUAGACAAGCCAUGGUCUGUGGUGUGCGUCGCUUUCGAACGUGUGGAAAACCUGGAAUUCCGCCGUGUCAUCAAGAACGAACCCGCUGUCAUAGUCCCAGGAGGCGAUUGCUCGAUCCUGGACGUCCAGACGUUGACGGAUCAGGGGCGGGCAUUUGUUGCUAGAAUCAUGGAUGAGACUCUGGCCAAACCGAUAUCACGUGCGCUCAAAGAUUACGCACAUGAGCAUGAAUGGAAGAAUGACGUGGUCGAGUCACUGGAGCUAAAUCCAAAUACGUGGUCGAAUGUACGCGGUUGGGAGGCCUUUCUGGUGGUUAAUUUGUCCUCCUAAUCGGCAUGCAUUCAAAAACAGUCACCACAUCGCAUGGAAACACUAUAGAAGCACAUUUGAACGUCCGCUCAUUCGAAUGUUCAAUCAUGGAAGGAAGACGCGCUGAUCUGCAUUUUGCAGACGUGAACAGCAGUGUAAAGUCCGCCGAACUCGAAUGGAGGCUGCUUGGUGUCACUGCUGCUGUUCUCAUAUGUGCCUUCCUCGGGCGCAAACAUUGACUCGGCAGUGAGUAUAUCUUGUAAGAGCGAUUGAUAUAUCGGGGGUACUGGGCAAGAUCAUAGAUGAAGCAUUCACAGGUG